AUGCGCCGUCCUAGUAAUGUCAAGAAACGAAAAACCUUCCAUGAAGAAAACUCUCCCGGACAGAAGGGGAUCUCGGAAAGCGAUGUCUGCACCUCCAAGCCAACAGCUCUUUUCGCACCCACUGGCGGUCGAUCUCAUACACUGAGCGUAGCCAUUCCCGGUAGCAUCGUGGCCAAUGCAAAAUCUAUUGAGCAAAAGACGCUCCUGGUGGGCAUCAUUGCACGUGCGCUUGCUGUCUUCUGUGUUGACGAAGUAGUUGUAUUCGAUGACGACGGAAACAGCGCUCAGCAUGAUGAGUACGAGCAAGAUUAUGACUACUAUGAUUCUCCCAUGGCCAGAACCAACGACCAGGUCAAUGGGACCACUCCCUCCAAAGGAUAUACGGCCUAUUCCGACCCCUCACAUUUUCUGGCACAUGUAUUGUCUUACCUAGAGACUCCACCGUAUCUCCGCAAACACCUAUUUCCCAUGCAUCCCAAUCUUCGUGGAGCUGGUCUACUACCCAGCUUGGACAUGCCGCAUCACCUUCGUGCCAACGAAUGGUGCGAUUAUCGAGAGGGGAUUGUGAUCUCGACCGUCGAUCACCAAAAGUCGAGAAGGGGCUGCAACUCGAAUAACUACCAUCAUCGCAAUCGCCGGUCAAAUAGUCCCACCAGCCCUCCUGCGACGGUCGUCGACACCGGUCUUUCGCAGAAGGUAGUCAUCCCGGAUAUCCAACUCCCCGAGCAUGCACGGGUCACAGUACGGUUCUCGCAGCAGGGCCCCAAGCACCGCGCUGAGCCCGUACAUCCCUCCAUCCCCCGUUCAGAGGCAGGCUAUUACUGGGGAUACUAUGUACGGCGAUGUCGAUCCCUGUCAUCUGUCUUCACGGAGAGUCCCUUCGAUGGUGGCUACGACUUAUCCUUUGGGACAUCCGAACGGGGCGCCCCCUUGAAUACAGUCCUCGAAGAAGACGGUGACGAACAACGUCACCACAUCCACCAUAACCACACCCCAGAGUACAAACACCUUCUGGUCGUCUUCGGCGGCGUGGCAGGUAUUGAAGCCGCCAUUCGCUAUGAUCCCCAACUUCGUGAUAUGGCGAUCAGUCCAACCGAUGCCGGAAAACUGUUUGACUACUGGGUCAAUCUCCUCCCCGGUCAAGGGAGCAGAACCAUACGCACCGAAGAAGCUGUGUGGCUGGGCCUGACGGGACUUCGAGGCCUAGUUGAGGGUACCCAUCGUCCUAAGAAGUCAUAUCGAUACAAUGGUUCGAAGGCCACUUAA